AACAGCAACUGUCACUAGUCAGCAUAUUCGAACUUAUUUUCAAAUUGUACAAUUAUAAACUUUCUUAUUCUAUAUAACUAGCCCUUAACACCAAUAAUCUCUAUCAUUUAAAGAAAACUGUAAAAAACAAUAUCGAAAUAUUCCGCUUUGUGGAUUAUAUUCCUCUUCCAUUUUUUAAAUAUAAAACAAAUAGUCUGUCAUCAAGAAAGUAUUCAGAAUGAGUACGUUUGGAGAAAUAAGUGAACCAAACAGCAGGACAACGUGGGAAGAUUGGGACGACGAAAUACCUGAUAGCAAUGGAAAUAUAUUACAAUGGCACAAACCCCUUUUAAUACCGGAAAAAGUUGAUGCACUAUUUGUUCUUGAGGGAAAAUACUUAUCAGAUUGUAUAAGGUUACAACAUAACAACUACAUAGAACUCAUCAACACAGUUUUAGAAGCAAAUUUACUUCUUUUUGAAAUCAAAUCUUCGAAUAGAUAUGUCUGCACCAUUAAGGAUUAUAAACUGCUACAAAGUAGUGAGAUUGUUGAGUUAUUGAAGCCUAUUAUUAUUAAAAGUAAAGAUGUUAUAACUAUUCAGACAAAACCACUAACAGAAUAUCAAACUGAUCAUGUCACAAGUCAGCCUUUGGUACUGAAAAAAUUAAACACAGCGGCCUCUAGUAAACCUCAUCAAACUUGGAACUUAAAUUUUCCAAAACUUGAACAACCCAAUAUUAUGUGUGGAGUCAAUGCUGGCGUUAUAUGUUUAAGGGACCAUUUUGAUUUGCCGGCCAGUGCGUUAGUUUACUAUAUUGAACACAGUGAAGAGUAUCAAACAGAUGAGAUCCAGAAGCUAUUGGAACAUUUAAAAAUAGUACAGAACUGCAACAGUCACCCAAAUAGUAUUCUUAAUUCAAAUCUUUACAUUUAAUAAAUAAAACUGUUUUUGUAUUACA